UGCGGGCUCCUGAUGCGACACUUGCUUACGUGACCUUCCAUGUUGUGUGUGGCUGCUCUUCCUGUUGGUGGCUUCCUCAUGCUCUUCCUGCCUUGUGCUCGUACGUUACUCUGGCUUUGUGUGCGGGUCAACGUCCAUGGCUUUCAUUCCUCUCGUCUUCCUGUCCUGCCUUAGGAGAACUUACCUCUGUGGGAGGGCAGUGACUUACUGUACGCCUGCUAGAGGGCAGAUGUGUUUUCUGUACUGCCAACUUUAUGCAUAUGUAAGUCCUUAUUUAUGCUUCUCCUGAGACAUAGGACUGAAUCAUCUUAAUUUUUCUUGUGUGCCUUUUCUGGAAAAUUCUGGCUGUCAUUGAAACAGAUUUGGUCUCUUUUAACACAGACACGUCUUUCACAGUAGAGCAACCAUGGAUCUCAAGACGGCAGUUUAUAACGCUGCUCGUGAUGGCAAGCUGCGCCUUCUUUCCAAGCUGCUGGAAAACAAGGCCAAAGAUGAAGUCGUGAUGCUAAUGGCAGAGAAAACCAAUGGGGCCACACCACUUUUAAUGGCGGCUCGAUAUGGCCACCUGGAUAUGGUGGAUUACCUGCUGGAUCAGUGCAGUGCCUCUGUGGAAAUUGGGGGAUCUGUCAAUUUUGAUGGGGAGACCAUAGAAGGUGCACCCCCUCUCUGGGCAGCGUCUGCAGCGGGUCACCUGAAAGUUGUGCAGUCGCUUCUGGACCACGGUGCUUCCGUGAACAACACAACCCUUACUAAUUCUACUCCUUUAAGAGCCGCCUGCUUUGAUGGGCAUCUGGAGAUUGUGAAGUAUUUGGUAGAGCACAAAGCUGACUUGGAAGUUGCCAACCGUCAUGGUCACACUUGUCUGAUGAUCUCCUGCUACAAAGGUCACAAAGAGAUUGCUCAAUUCCUACUCGAAAAAGGAGCUGAUGUUAAUAGGAAGAGUGUGAAAGGAAAUACCGCCUUGCAUGAUUGUGCUGAAUCAGGAAGCUUGGAAAUAAUGAAAAUGCUUCUGAAAUACGGAGCUCGGAUGGAAAAAGAUGGGUAUGGAAUGACACCACUGCUUUCCGCCAGCGUGACCGGCCACACAAAUAUUGUUGAUUUCCUUACCCUACACCCACAGACCAGUAAAACUGAGCGCAUCAAUGCGCUUGAACUCCUUGGAGCUACAUUUGUUGACAAAAAGCGGGACCUUCUUGGUGCCUUAAAGUAUUGGAAGAGAGCUAUGGAUAUGAGGUACAGUGAUAGGACUAAUGUCCUCAGUAAGCCUGUGCCGCAGGCUCUAAUAAUGGCUUAUGACUAUGCCAAGGAGGUUAAUACUGCUGAAGAAUUGGACAACCUUAUUGCUGACCCCGAUGAGAUGAGGAUGCAAGCGCUUUUGAUAAGGGAGCGAAUCUUGGGUCCAUCACAUCCAGAUACCUCCUAUUAUAUCCGGUACCGAGGUGCAGUUUAUGCAGACUCUGGGAACUUCAAGCGUUGCAUUAAUUUAUGGAAGUAUGCCUUGGAGAUGCAGCAGAACAACUUGGAUCCUUUAAGUCCCAUGACCGCUAGUAGUUUGCUAUCUUUUGCUGAGCUUUUUUCCUUCAUGCUUCAGGACCGAGCCAAAGGCUUGUUUGACACUACAGUAACUUUUGAUGACCUUAUGGGUGUUCUGUGCAAAAGCGUUUUAGAGAUAGACAGAGCAGUCAGACCUGCAACCACGCCGCCUGACCAAAUCCAGUUAAACAAGGCCCUUUCUAUUAUUUUGCACUUGAUCUGUUUGCUGGAGAAGGUACCCUGCAGCGCAGAGCAAGAGCACUUGAAAAAACAGAAUAUCUAUAGGUUCCUUAAGCUGCAUCCCAAAGGAAAAAACAACUUUAGCCCUCUGCACCUGGCUGUAGACAAAAACACCACUUGUGUUGGCCGCUACCCUGUUUGCAAAUUUCCCUCUCUUCAGGUGACCGCCAUUUUGUUGGAAUGUGGCGCCGACGUUAACGUCAGAGACUCCGAAGAGAACAGCCCCCUACACAUCGCAGCACUCAACAAUCAUCCGGAUAUCAUGAAUCUGCUUGUAAAGUCCGGGGCACACUUUGACUCUACGAACGUGCACAACCAAACUGCCUGUGACUUAUUGGAUGAGAAGGAAAUGGCCAAGAACUUGAUCCAGCCCAUCAAUCAUACCACCCUGCAGUGUCUGGCGGCACGCGUGAUCGUCAAACACAAUCUACAAUACAGAAAGCAAAUCCCUGAGAAGCUGGAAUGCUUUGUGCUGCUUCAUAGAUGACGCUUCUGUGGGACUUCUGGGAGUACAACUGGAGGGGGGGGGGGGGUGCUCGGACUGUUGGUUUCUUA